AUGGCAACAGAGUCGGCGGACAAUGGCGGGGGUUGGACCUACCGGGGGAUGUCCUCCGACAACAUCAAGGGAUUGGUCCUGGCUUUGUCAUCCAGCUUCUUCAUUGGAGCCAGUUUCAUCGUUAAGAAGAAGGGAUUGAAGAAGGCUGGUGCCUCUGGUGUAAGGGCAGGUACCUCUCUAUCUCUUGGUAAAGUAAUAUUUCGGAUAUCGAGGCCUAAGAUAGGCGCGGGGGUAUUUGUUUUUCUGAUUUUUACUUCACUGUGUGCCUCUGUACUUUUCUUGCUCAAAUUCUUCUUUUAUUUUCAAAAUUCGCUACUCUUUUUCCCUUCCCUCGACAAAGAAGAAACGCCGGGGAGGACAUGCCAGAAGUGAUCCAAAUUCGAGUUAACGGAAAUGAGAAGAAUUUACAGAAAAUAAUGGAAAACAUUGAUCGGGCUGGUUUCUCCGUUCAAAAUUUCCUAAACAUCUUCAUGUGAAACGUGGGAUAUCCUCUCAUUUCUUUCCCGUUGUACCUCCCGGACUGUUUUUUUGGGAAACAUUGAAUGCCUUCCAAUUUAUUCUUUCUCCAAAGAGAUUUUGUCGCGAUUCUAAAAUGUUAAAUAAUGCCUUGUAAGUACCUUCCCCGCCAGUCCAUAAAAAUAAGCAUUUCUUGUGGUCGUCCACAUGUUAUUUAUGGCACCAUACUUUGCAGACAAAUAACCUGCUAUUUCAGCUAGAGUAACAUGAGAGAGAUUUAUUUUUUUCUUGACAUUUGGAUUUUUUAUUUUUUUUUCGCAUGUUAGAAAUCUCUGUCGACUUAUUUCCCACCGGAUAAUAUUUAAUGUUUUAAGGUAAAUAUUGGCGCAUACGAAGUCCUUUUCCCAGAAUCUCCAUCUUCCAUCCAAUUUAUCCCUGUGGAUCUCACCGUAUUGCUUUCCUUUCAAUUCCAUUUUCCAAUCUCUGAUAUCUUUUUCCUCAAUUACCAUACUGACUUUUGUUAAUUCUUGUCGAGUCUUCAAAGUUAAUUCGGCUCCCUAGUUUUUCGGAUCUCUUUGGAAUCGAGGGUGCGACCUCUAUUCCUAUUCUGCUAUUAACUCGUCGAACUUCUUGACUUUAUUAUCUCAGAUAGUCAUAAAUGCCUAGGAUUACGAGCAAACUUAUGUAAUUUCUUUGUAGCAUGCUCGUACUGUGGGUCUCAUGCCACAUCAUUUGUCAACAGGAGUUGGUGGUUAUUCUUACUUAUAUGAGCCUCUUUGGUGGGCUGGCAUGAUUACGAGUAAGUUUUGUUUGCAUAUCCUUUGGUUUAAUAUUGAAUGGUUCGUUAUUUUUGGUGAUCUGCCUUGAAUGUUGUCUUGUGAACUUCCCUGUAAGCGUCAUUUUUGUUGUGAACUUUAUGUAAAAGUAUGUUUGAUGUUCAGCUCUGAUUUUAUGCAACUUAGCUUUAUAAAAGACUUGUACCGAUCAUUUAUAUGCUCUGCAUUAAAAGAACAGUGCAUCAUUAUCAAUUCAUUUACUUUAUAACAUUUGUGCAGCAUAAUCAAGUUGGUUAAUUUUGUUGAAUCACGAAAGUUUUAGCAAACCAUCAUAAUAUUGCUAGUGGUCCCUAGUAUAAGUUGGAGAAUUCUUUCUUUUAUAAUUCAAAGCUGGAUACUGAUGUGUCUUAUCAACUGGUACAGUGAUUGCUGGGGAAAUUGCUAACUUUGCAGCAUAUGCAUUUGCACCGGCAAUUCUUGUCACCCCUCUUGGUGCACUUAGCAUAAUUAUCAGGCAUGAAUUUGAAUUUCGUCGUGUUCAAUUUUUUUCUUCACAAUCUUCUAUUUUUACACCAUUCAUUUCGUGUGACAGUGCUGCACUUGCGCACGUCAUUCUCCGGGAGAGAUUGCAUGUCUUUGGCAUUCUUGGUUGUGUCCUAUGCGUUGUUGGUUCCACUACAAUUGUCCUCCAUGCUCCUCAGGAGCGUGAAAUUGAAUCUGUCAGUGAAGUAUGGGAUCUGGCAAUUGAUCCAGGUUUGAUUCGUUCUAGGGUUUUCAUUGUUUGUUCAGUUUCCAAUGACUAAGAAGUCAACUCAACGUUUUUUUUGCAGGCUUUCUCUUGUAUGCUUUUGUGGUCAUUUUAAUCGUGUUUGUACUUAUAUUCCACUUUAUUCCACAAUACGGACAGACACAUUUAAUGGUAUAUAUUGGUGUAUGUUCUCUCGUUGGUUCUCUAUCGGUAAGCAUGUGCUUCUGCUUUCCUCAUUAUAUUUACUUUGAGUUCAGUUUCUUGUCUUGAUGUGAUACGGCUGUGUGGCAGGUUAUGAGUGUCAAGGCCUUGGGAAUCGCUCUAAAGUUGACUUUUUCAGGGACGAAUCAGUUACUAUAUCCGCAAACUUGGGUGUUUGCCACGGUUGUAGCCGUUUGUGUGGUUACCCAGAUGAAUUAUUUAAACAAGGUAAAAAAAAAAACCUGUUUUUUAAAAUGUUUUCUUGGAAAUUUACAGUGUUCUUGAGGUUAUAAGACAGCCAUUGAGAUAUGUUUUAUGGUAAUUUUGCACGACAUCAUAUACAUGGUUUUUAAAAAUUUAAUGUAGUGUUCCAAUCUCAUUUCCUUUUGAAUCGUGUGGUAAUGUUUCUUCAUUAAGGCAUAAAUUAAUGCAAAAGCUUCACGUAAUUUUUACCUUCUUAUCCAAACUUAUAUGCGUAGGUUUUUCAUUUCAAUUAAACACAACAUUGAUUAUAUUAAAGAAAUGACAUUUCUACACAGAUCUUUCGGCAUCUUUGCUCUGCUUUGUACACGUGUGCCCUGCCAACGUUCUCUGAUGACAGUCGCAUGAAUCAUUGUUAUGCAUUUCUACGUUGAGUAUACUGCUGAAUGUGAUUCAACAAAAUUUCGUCAACAAGUUUAGUAUUUAAUUGAAAGGAAACAGUGAUUUUUCACCUAACGAAGGGCCCCAUCAUAUACUUGAUAUAUAUUUUUGGAAAUUUGCAAACUGGUUGAAACUAUGCUAGCUCGGGGUCAACGCCUAAUGAAUUUUCUAGAUCCUGCUUCGAUCUUGGUUUUUUUUUCCCUUUUAAAAUACAUGCUAUAUUUCUAAAUCUUGCCAUAUCUGAUCCGAUGUUCUCUCUAUCUUCAUGGGUGAUGAAAUAUUUCUGCUUUAACUUAAUCACAGGCUCUUGAUACAUUCAACACGGCGGUGGUCUCCCCAAUUUACUUCGUGAUGUUCACCUCGCUGACCAUUCUGGCCAGCGUGAUCAUGUUCAAGGUCAGCUUCAGCGCCGCAGACUUCACUGCCCUUUCUCUCUCUUGUUCUUCCCCAGCCUUGUGGGUUCCCCCGCCGGGUCAGACACACAUCUCUAAUACCCACUUCCUUCCUCCUCGGCCAGGACUGGGACCGGCAGAGCCCCACGCAGAUCGUCACAGAGAUGUGCGGAUUCGUGACCAUCCUCUCCGGGACCUUUCUUCUCCACAAGACCAAGGACAUGGCCGACGGUAUGCUUCUCUCUCUCUCUCUCUCUCUCUAAUGUCUUUGCUUCGUCUCUAUAUAUGCAUCGAUGUAUAUAUUCUUCCAGGUGUCUCUCCUUCUGUGCGUCUGGGAAAGCAUGUAGACGAGGAGGAUGGCUUCGAAUCGGAGGGCAUCCCCCUAAGAUGCCAGGAAUCAUCGCGGUCGCCGUGA